AUGUCUUUUUUAAAGAAGUACUUUACAUCCAAAAAUGAUGUUCCAUCAUUUCCGAUGUCCCUAUCAUCUGAUAAAAGUGAAUAUGAUGUUACUUACAAAAUUCCCAAAAUGGCUUUUCAGUUAAUUGGUAUACGGUUUACUUGCGAUGACUCACCAUUUAAGAAAUCCUUAUGGAAUGCCUUCUACUGGUUUGAGUUCGCCAAUAUAUUCAUAGUGCUAAUACUUGAAAUCAUCGCCAUGAUGCUGACUGUGUCCGAUGGCUCAUUCACAGUGUUGUUCACAGUGACGCCCUGCAUUGGAUAUGUAUUACUUGGAAUGGUAAAAUCUUAUAAGUUUGUUUACUACCGACCAGUGUAUGAAAAUUUGAUGUCCGAAUUGCGUGCGAUGUGGCCUCAAAGUGUUGAUACUGAAGAAGAAUAUAACGUCAUACGCACAGCACUGACUGAAUUAAAAGUCAUCGAAAGAGGUUACUACUACAGUCAUGCGGUUCUAAUGAUUAUCUUCAACGCACCAUCAGCCAUUAGCUGUAUACGUCGUGCUUUCGGAGAAGAGAUUCCUCGGAAUCUGAUAUUUCCAUAUUGGUUGCCAUUUGAUCCACACCAGUGUUGGAUUUUCGAAUUUAUCAUCAUGACUCAAAUUUGGCAUACUUUUAUCAUUAUAUGCGUACUACUGGGAGCUGACUUGUUCUUUUUCAUCUUUCUAAGUCAUAUAACUUCGCAGUUUCAUCUACUUGCGAUGAGAAUAAAUAAACUGUUUCACGUAAAGAUCGACGACCAACUAAUUCAAGAAUAUCCCCUCGGUAAAUACAGCAAUGAUUUAUGUAAAGAAGAUAUAGACUCCAUUAGUAAAAAUGAAUGGGAAGCAAUUUGUCAAAAGAAGCUUGUUGAAGUUAUUUUGAGGCAUCGUGACCUAAUCAGGUUGUCCAACGAUGUCGAGAACCAGUUCACAUUCCCACUCCUUAUAAAUUUUCUUGUUAGCUCCAUUCUUAUCUGUUUCUGUGUAUUCUGCUGCGUGUUCGUGGAGAAAUGGAACGAAAUGAAUUACAAGUGUUUUUUGAUAACUGCAACGCUUCAGAUCUCAUUGCUGUGUUUGUACGGACAGCGACUACUUGAUGCUAGUACAAGUGUUGCCGAUGCAGUGUACUGUAGCGGCUGGUACAAUGUGCCUACAAAAAUAAAAACGUCUUUAAUAAUUUUACUCUACCGUGCUCAAAAGGCGGUUUAUGUAACAACGUACGGAUUUUCGAUCGUUUGCUUGCCAAGCUAUGCGACGAUUCUCAAAACGUCGUGGUCGUAUUUGAUGUUGCUUGUAAACGUAUUCAAGGAAUAG